AUGCCAUGGAGCACCCCGUUGACGUGGGCUUGCGCGGCACUCUUCCAGAAGGUCACGGGCGACUGCGGCUUUCGGCGUGUGGACGUUUCCAGAGAAGGCUUCAGCAAGCAGCUUCGCAACGAGAAGAGGCCGCUGCUCCUCCACUCCAUUCCAGGCGUUUCAGAUGCACUGGUCGACGCGGACCAGGAGUGGAUGCUCAGACAGUUUGGAAACUUGCGGAUGCAGCUGGAGCCUGGCAUUGAUGAAAGUUCGACACAUUUCCGGCUGACCAAGGAGUGGAGAUCAUUGAGCCGCUACAUCCGCCAGCCAACAGGAGGGCAGGAGCUUGGAUUCGAGCACGGGUUCGCGGGCAAUUUGAGCCGCUCGGUGUGGCGCUCCAGGUUUGGGGUGCUGCCGGAUCAGCUGCAGCAGGAACUGGCAUUCCCAAUCCUUACGCUGGGUGCCAAGGGCACAGGCUCCAGCAUGCAUCAGCAUGAGGAGACAUGGCUUCUUUUACUACAUGGCCGCAAGGGUUGGUGGAUCAGCGAGGAGCCAGUCUCGAAUGGCACAGCAACGUUUGCUCGCCGGAAUCCCUGCCAACACAUCGAAUCGAGCAUUCCUUCGGGAUAUCAGUUCUGUGUGCAGCAUCCUGGAGAGGUAGUGUACUUCCCAGAUGAUGCCUUCCAUGCCACCUGCAAUCUCGACAGCUUUGUGUGGGGUUUGGGAUCCCAGGGCAGCAACGCAAAUUGGCCGCCGCUCGUGAUGGCCUCAAGCCUGGGGGACGUACGAGCUGUGACGAGGAUGCUCAAGAAGAGGGAGGGCCGCCCGACACGUGCAGCCUUCGCAGCCGCUUUGCAGCGUUCCCUGGGUCUCCAGCAACCAACCGCCAGAAGGCUUAUGAAGCAUGCGGCAACAUUCCUUGAGGAAUCAACAGGUCACGCGGUCGGCUACUGCACAACAUCGCCCAUUCAUGCAGCAGCUGAGAGUGGGGAUGUAGCAAAGGUGCAGAGGCUACUGUCUUUGGGCUUUGCUUCCGAAGAGGCUUACUCAGAGACCGUGCGAUUUAUUGCGCUGGAGAUUGCUGCUUUCUUGGGGCACACUGGAGUUGUUGAGCUCUUGGCCCAGCAAACGGGCCCCCUGUUGCAGAGCCAGCGUGCUGUCAUCCUUGGCAAUGCCCUGAGAAAUGCGGCGCAGAACGGCCACACCAGAGUCCUCCAGCUCCUCAAGCACCUUGGAGCAGAGCUCACAAUGGCCGAUGCCGAGGGCCGUGUGGGGCUCCACACCGCGGCAGCCGGAGGUCAACUGGGAGCGCUGAAGGCUUUGGUUUCGAUGUACCUGAGCCCCUCCAGUGCCAUCGACACAAGCGACUACAGUGGGCACACUCCACUGCAUGCUGCCUCAGAGCGAGGGCAUGCGCCGGUUGCACAAUAUCUCCUCCGCACAGGUUCUGAGCUCUCGGUAGCAAACCGAGACAUGGAGCAGCCUAUGCAUCUUGCUGCCCGGCAAGGCCAUGCAAUAGUGCUGAGCUUGCUCCUCAAACGGAGGGCAGAUAUCUUACAAAGGAGUACAUCGGGGGCUUCUGUGCUUCAUGCAGCUGUUAUGUCUGGUUGUCGAAAUACGACCGAGCUGCUGCUGAAGCACAGAGCGUCUCUCCAUGCUCGUGACGCUAGAAACAACCAGCCCUUGCACAUUGCAGCACAGCAUGGUGACAUGGCAACGGCACUGAGCUUGCUAAAGCAGCGUGCUGACAUAUCCUCACUUGGUGAUGAAGGGCCCGCCUGGAAAGUGGCAAAGCGAAGGGGCUUUGAUGAACUUGCUCAGCUGUUGCGGAAGCAAGGCGCGCUGCCUUGCCUCGACCCGCUCAUGGAAUCCUUGGAUCCUUGGAUGGCCAAGAUACGAUAUGUUCUUGGCAGUUCAUGGAAGAAGCACGGCCAUGCGCCACAUGGAACGCAGGUGGUCGCUGACGUAAUGGCAAGCUUCAGUCCGAAGGCUACAACGCGCAACGUAAGGAAUCUGUUCCUCAGCUUCCUCAAGUCUGUGGCAGAUGCGAGCAGGGGUAUCCCGGCGGUUGCUCCGGUGCGGGCAGUCCCACCGCCUUCCGCCUCGACAGAUCUGGAAGUGGAAGCAAUGAGCUUCAUGGAGCACUUCGGCUUAGACGACGAAUGUCUGCGGCAGCUGCUUCUGCAGCCACCAGAUAUUGCCCGAGCCGUCAUGGCUGGUUUCCAGCCUCGGCAAGACACGCAGAACCCGCAGGGUCUGUUCAUCUCAUACUUGAGAUCUGUCGCGGGCUCCGCCGGCUCCAAGGGCUCCAAGGGCUCCAAAGGCUCCAAAGGCGCCACAAGUGUGUUUAGCUCUUGGCCAAGCAGUCCACCAGGCGUCACAGUCCGAGCAGCACCCUACAGGUCCCCCGCACCAAUGCAAGGCAAAGGCUCGAGCGCUCCGCGGGCCUUCGCUUUGUCGGUGUCAGAGCAAGACUUGCUGGACUUCGUAUUGGCUUGGCAGCUCGACCAGGCCUGCUUGGACUCCCUCCAAGCACAGGAUGUGGACAUCCAGCGCUUCGUGCUCAGCAAUUUCCAGCCCAGAGAAGGUACCGCAAACGUCAGUGGCUACUUGGAUGCAGUUUCCAACCCGGACGGAGUAGCUCACCGGCAGCAUGAGUUCUAUCGAGAUGCCGCCGAUGUCGCGCGCGCAGCGGUGCUCGCUGCGCCACUGUUCCUUGAGCACUGGAUCCGCCUUGCUGUCGUAAUCUCGCAUCCGGCACUUGAAAUGCCUCAAGAAGCUGCGAUGCUUGUCAGACAGGCCAUGAUCCUCAACAAUACGCACUACUGCCUGCGAGGCUUGGAGCAGAUAUUGACCCAGAGCUUGCGCAAAACAGGCAGUCGCCCAAGCUCUCGAGAUGAGCAUGAGCUCUUAGAGCGGGCCCUCGGAGGAGCCAAUGCCACCAGGCAGGCCGCUUCAAACAGUGGACAGGCCGUGCUGUGGGGACGCAAGCUGAGACACGCACAGCGGCGCUGCAGAUCCCCCGAGGCAGCAGCCACCGAAGAAGGCUUCAAGUCCUGGUUGCGCUAUGCGUCUCUGCUUCGCACAAGAGGCUGGCUCAUAGCCGCACUCGGAGUUUGCUUGCAUUUGGAGGAGCUUUACCUAGCCGACGGUCGACCAGAAGCGCUGCGCGCGCUGGGCGAGGCCGUGCCACUGGUUCGCAACUGCCGGACCCCGUUGGAAAGCAUGCUGUUCCACUCCCAUUCUGGCUUCUGGGGUGCUGACUUGGACAGCGCAGACUUUGAGCACCAGGCGCCAUCUGCGAGGGAGCUCCUGUCGGAGGAGUGGCUGCAGGAGCAGGAGGCCGCAACAUACGAUGGUGGCAAAGACCUGAUUGCUGCGCACAUGCACACCUUGGCCUUUAGCUAUUCCUCGGUGUACCGGACCAUGAUCGUUUCAGGAACAGCGGCAGCAGGUUUGGUGACCACAGCCGUCGCCAACGCCUCCAUCACCAACCACAAGACCAGCAUAAAGAACGACAAGUGUUCAUGGGCACAAGCUCCGAGCGGAACCGUGCCGAGAUUGCUUCACUGCGGCUGGGUGCUCAGGGGCAUCGACAUGAGGGGCUCUGGCCACAGGAAGGAUGCAGGCCAAGGAUGGGUCGCGGUCACGCAUCGCGACUUCAAGCGCCACUGCAUGGAGCAAUCCCGCGUGGGCCACUCCUCGGCCUUCAAGACAUAUUUGCAUCCUGACACCUGGACAGGGCAUUGGAACCAGAGCCUGAAGCGAUCGUUGGAGGUCCUGGGCUUCUCGUCUGUGACUGUGCACAGCCAGAGAACCUUGUCGCCGGUGGGCUGGCAAAAGCAGACGGUGGUUUGCGCCAGUUGGGAGACGGAACCGGAGGAACCCGAACCUUGCCUCGAAAGUUUGGAGGUGAGUGAUCGGUUUGUUGUUAGUUGUGGAGGUGAAUUCGGGAGGAAGCAUGCUUGCGCAUUCUCUUGUCAAGACCUGACUGUUCUCAAGGUUCCGAAAUCUGCCCUGAAGCCGUGGAUUCUUUCUGUGGAGGCAGCUCGCCGCUCUUGGGAGGCGUCGGUGGAGGGGCGCCUUCGGGGAACGCCUGAUGCGUACGGGCUUCGUACGGACCCAGGCGCCAGCUCUCUGAGCUCGCCUCGUGGAGCUGCAGCACUCGCCUCGUUGCUGCGCGAGCGUGACGACUUGCAGCAGCGGCUGCAGGCCACGGAGCUUGCGCGAUGUGCAGCCCAACAACGUCGUGCCACGGCAGAGGCAGCCCUUCGCCGUUGCACAGAAGACCUGGAGUGGCAGCGCAAACGGAUAGCUGCACAAGCAGCUGCCCAAGAUCAGUCCAUGAGUGAAGCUGAACUUCUUCGGAAGCAACUCCAGGAGGCCCAGGACAGGAUUGCAGAACUCGACGUAGUCCUGUCUUCCAGGAGCGAGCGAGUACGUGUCAGCGAGCGGGAGUACGCCGAAACACGAGUGGAGUUCGACGCGCUUUCUGUUGCCAACGAUGCACUACGCAAAGAGCUCGAGGCCACUCACAGCCGCAUAGUCUCCGAGCAGCAAGGUUGCCAGACGGCAGAAUCGGAGCUAUCCGAGUUCCAGGCGAAGAUGCGCGCUGAGGAAGUUGAAUUUGCUGCAGAAGUUGAAACUCUUGGCUCGUGUCGCAACAGCUUGGAGGCCUCUUUGAGAGAGUCCUCUGCGAGCCUGGCCGACACGGAAGCCGAAGUUUCCGCUGCUCGUGCGCAAAGCUUGGGCUUACGCGCACAACUGGAGGUGCUUCAAGCUGCGCGAGAUGAAAUCGUGUCACAGGAGCACCAGGCCGCAGCAAAUGGGCACAUGCACGAUGGCAUCAUGAUGCUUCAACAGCUUCUGCUGGCAGGCUGCGAUCCACAGUCCUUGCUCCAAACGAUGCACAGAGGGCGCCAGCUCUCCAAGGGAUGUGAGGUCGGUGCCCAUGUCAGUUGUCCACACAACCCUGGCGUCAGCUGCGCUGGAAACCAAUGCUGCCCCCCGACACACGCUGGUGGUCCGUCAUUAAUCUGCCCAUCCGCUGCUGAUGAUUUCCACGACUGUGGCAACCCAGUCAAAGUGGAGAAUUGCUUGUCCGAUCAGCCGCCGGCACCAAGCCCACCACCUCCGGCGCCGGCGCCCUUUGUACCUCCGUCACCUCCACCACCUCCACCGCCUGCAGGUGCAGCAUCCCUGACGAUGCGCAUCCUCAACAGAGAGUGGUCUGAUGGCGUGGUUUUCUGCCGCGGCCCGCAAGACGCGCUGAGCACUGUCUUCCUGGAUCCGGCUUUGUCGCAAAGCGUACGCGGCUCGGGAAUCGACUGCUCCGAGGGUACUGGGCAUGACACGUUCGGGCACGGUGUCCCGGAUCUGACGACGCUUUGCAUGCCCCUGAAGAAGGGGGAGUCGAUUGAGCUCUUCUUUGGCGAGGGGGGGAACUGGCCUUCCGGCACCUGCUGGUUCCAGGAUAUAGCAUCCAACCAGCAGCACUCGCUAUCAAUGGGCCCUCAAUACCAGAGCCAGGUCGAGUUCACGAUCACAACAGUGGUGUCCUGGGAUCUGACAUCUGUGGAAGGAGUGUCUGGAGGUCUCACGAUGAAUUAUACUGAUGGUGGUGGCAAGGUGACUGAUGUCGUUGCAUUGCCUGGCAAAUUUUCUGGUUCGGCCUUGAAGAUCGAACCAGCCCCGGGCAUUGGCUUUCCGACAGUUCUUGCCGAUAAGCACCGGUACGGCGAGUGCAAUUGUCCUGUCUUCUCACCUGGAGACCCAAACUGCAAUAAUGACGCCUGCUACACUGGAUGUCCUGGAUCUUUGGCUGACAACCCUUGCGGUCAGCACCGUUGCCGACAGUGGUAUGCUCGGAGCUACGAGACCUCCGAGAGCUACUGCGGAUGGUUGUAUGCAAACGAUGCAGAGACAUACUGUUGGGCCAUGGACGAGUGGAAGUGCAUCGAUAGCACCUGCGGAUAUGGGGCCCCGGAUCAGCCCAGCGAGGACUGCAGCACGGUCUCGGGGAACCCGAACUUUGCAGCCAAUACUUACAGCUGUGGCCACAUCAAGGACCAGCCCGCCUUUCCCAGCGGCAAAUGGUGGAUCCAUGCCGUCGGCUGUACCGACAAACUCGUCCAGGGUGUCCCAACCAAUCCAAUCUUGCCACGAGCGGGUGGCGUCAUCGAGACUUGCCUGCAUCGGAACAGUUUGUCAUUUUGCCGAGCUGGACGCAGUUACCAUCCUGCAUUUAUCGGUGUUGGCGCCCACUGGCCACACUGCUGCCGCAAGAAACUUGACUCUUGGAAGCUUGGGUGUGAAAGUCAGCACGUUGCAUGA